AUGAAUCAUUGCGCGGAAAAAAUGCUCAGUGAACAAUUACUUAAAGUAGUAAAAAUAGCUGAGGAAGAAGUUGAUUGUCAGAUAGAAAAAUACAAUAAUUUGGAUGAGAACGAUUUGGAAGCAGUACGAAAGAGACGUCUUCAAGAACUGAAAAAGAAGCAGCUGCAAAAGCAGGAAUGGCUUAAAAAUGGCCACGGUGCAUAUGAAGAAAUUCCGGAUGAACGAAACUUUUUUGACGUUGUGAAGAAGUCUGCCAAAGUUGUGUGUCACUUUUAUUUACCUACCACCGAACGGUGUAAAAUUUUUAAUAAACAUCUGGAGAAAAUUGCUGCGAAACAUCUGGAAACUCGAUUUAUUUAUGCUAAUGCUGAAAAGUUUCCAUUUGUCACUACACGACUCAGAAUACGUGUUAUUCCAACAAUUGUUGUAGUCAUUAAUUCGAAUACGGUUGAUUAUAUACGGGGAUUUGAUGAUUUAGGUGGGAAAGAUGAAUUCAGAACCGAAACGCUUGAAUGGAGACUUUCAUGGAGCAAAGUACUUGAAUACAACGGGCCUUCCUACUUACGAGGUUCUGGUACUACUGUUGCAAACUUGGUGAAAGGAGUCAGGAAAAAGGUUCGUGGAAAUGAGGCUAACGGUGAUAGUGAUGAUGAUAGUGACGAUUGGUAA